AUGUUUCAAGACAUUGCUGCAGCUGGCCUAGGAGUUGUGAUUAGGGAUCAUGAAGGCAAAGUCAUUGGUGCACUCUCUGAGAGGAUUGCCUUGCCCCCAUCUGUCAAUGACGUCGAAGCCUUAGCUUGUCGAAGAGCUAUAUCCUUUGCCCAGAAAAUUGGUCUCCAGGAAGUAUACGUAGUCUUUGAAACUAUUAUCAAAUCCCUCAACUCAGAUGAGUUUUGUCUGGCCCCUUUUGGUCACUUGAUUGAGGAUUCUCUCCAACUGAUAUCUAGCUUUAGAUCCCUUGCUUUCUCCCAUGUGAAACGUAAAGGAAACUGUGUUGCUAACAAGUUGGCCAAACAAGCUAAAGGAUCCACUCUUUCUCAAAUUUGGUUAGAAGACAUCCAUAGUGAUGCUACCAAUCUUGUAAUGCUUGAUAUAAGUUUCUGUUGA